CUUGGCACAAAAGCGAGAGUGGAAGUCGCCCCAGGCCCCAUGUCACGGCAUUACAGGAGGCUGUUGCCUAGGUGUAGCCGCAUCACCUCUUUAAAUAACUUGGUUUUCCAGUAACGACACGGGAGUUUAUCCCUUGUCCGAAAGUACGGCUCAUGUCAGCAAAAAAGAUCCGUCUUCUCCGAGACCUUUGUUUAUUUUUUCGGUACAACGCAUUGCACGGGUCAACAUCUUCCACGACUAUAAACCGAUAAUGAGGGCAUGGGAGCAGGUCGUACUUUUUCUCGGGAUUGUUUUCUUUGUCAAACUAUCAUCAGCUAUUCCACUGAACGACAUGGGGUGCGAGAUCCCGGAACCUGGAACGAAGACAAUUGCGGCCCCUGCCGAUUUGGAAACUUUGGCUUCUUGCGAGACGGUCACGGGAAGCAUUGCAAUCCAUAAAGAUCUCAAAGGCGACCUGUCAAUCAACGAAGUCAAGGAAAUAACCGGAAGCCUCACGGCCAUUGGAGCCCACAAGCUGGACUCGCUAUCGGCGGAUUCUCUUGAGAGCUUGGGAGAUUUCGAGCUCAAUGAUCUAUCCCAGCUGUCGACGUUGGCUUUCCCCAAAUUAUCCUCUGUGGGCGAAAUCUCAUGGAACUAUUUGCCAGCCCUUGGGAAUCUAACAUUUGCAACUGAAAUCACGCGCGCCCGGUCCAUUUAUAUCAGGAACACCUUUUUGUCGUCUGUUGAUGGAAUAAACCCGAUUACUGUGAAAGAUCUCUUGAUCUCCGACAAUUCGUAUUUUAAAGACAUAACAUUUCCAACAACAAAUAUUACCGGUCUACUCUCCAUUCAAGAUAAUGCUGAAUUGGCCAAAUUUUCGUUCCCUGAACUAAUUUCGGCCAGCGAUAUCGCCCUCCGGGACUUGGGGAAUAUAUCGAUGCCUGUUCUGACGACUAUACAAAAUAACUUGAACAUUACCCGCUUUGGCGGCGCAGAAAUCAGCUUGCCUCACUUGGCAUCUGUUGGGCCCCUGCUAGCAAUAUCAGACUGCCCUAACCUAUCAAAAAUAUCCCUGCCGGAGUUAUGGUCUACAAGGGGUGAUUUUGAGAUUUCCGGGAAUCCGAAGAUUGCAUCUUUGUCCUUUCCCAAAUUUUCGGAAGCCGGCAUGAAUAUCAGGUUCCAAGGCAAUUUCUCCAGCGUCGACUUGCCAAACCUUUCUAGCGUGCAAGGAGACGUCAAUUUAAUCUCCGACAAAACACUCAACUGCUCAGACCUGCUGGCCAUGCAAAAAUCCGGCGCGAUAAACGGCAAUCUAUAUUGCUCGGGAGACGCCAAAGCAAGUACACCACAUAACAACAACACCAACAACUCCAACAGCUCCAACGACCAUAAAAAUUCAUCCAGCAGCAACAGCGCCACCAUAGUCAAAUCCGUCAUGGGCAGCUGCGUUUCGCUCGCAGCGGUGCUUGUUUUGCUCUCCCUCUGGACCAGGGCGAAGCACAAGAAAACCCUCGCGAAACAGGAACGGGAGAGGGCAGCGAGCCGCAAUGCUAGGGGUGUGGAACAGGAGGAAGAAAUGAAUACGAGUGAGAUGGGAAGGUUACGGCCGCGAACGCCGCCGAGGGUUGAGACGCAGAGCAUUGCGCCUUCGUACGAGACGCAGAGUGUUUUGUCUUUUCCGCCUCCGCCGUAUUCGAGAUAUUGAGAUCUGGGCUUCAUUGCGGGUCUGGUGACUGCUGGGUGUACAGUUGUAGCUACCUACGGCUAAUUAAAGAGUACUCGGCAGGGCGUUCAAGGGGCGGGCGGAUUUUCAGUGGCGUUGAUACGAAGAAUUAAGCAAAUACCAGCACUAUCAGGGCUGCCAAUACUAGUAGCAAGC